AUGGUGGCUUAUGUGAUGCAAACUACAAGUCCUUGCUUCUAUAUCAUCACAAUGUUAUCAACUUGGUUCUUAUUAUUCUCGUACACGACUACAACUUCCACUUCAACAGAGAUAUUAGUAGUGAGUCAAUAUAUCAGCGAUGGUCAAACUUUGGUAUCAGUAGGUGGAGUUGUUGAAGUGGGUUUCUUCAGUCCAGGAAAUUCAACAAGACGAUACUUGGGUAUAUGGUACACAAACGUAUCCCCUUUAACAGUGGUAUGGGUGGCUAACCGAAAUAAACCUCUUGAUGACAAAUCAGGAGUUCUCAAACUCAAUGAAAAUGGGAUUCUUGUGCUUCUCAAUGCUACAAACAACACUAUUUGGUCUUCCAACAUAUCAAGCAACGAAGGGAAUAAUCCAACUGCUCAUCUUUUGGAUUCCGGAAAUUUUGUUGUGAAAAAUGGACAAGAAACUAACAGUUUCUUGUGGCAAAGUUUUGAUGAAAUUGGGGAUACAAUGAUCCCAGGAAUGAAGCUUGGAUGGAACUUGGAGACUGGUCUAGAAAGAUAUAUAUCAUCUUGGAAUAGUGACAACGAUCCUGCUGAGGGAAAAUAUGCUCUAAAACUUGACCUUAGAGGAUAUCCUCAAAUAAUUAUAUUCAACGGAUCUGAGAUAAAAGUCAGAAUAGGGCCAUGGAAUGGCCAAUCUUGGGCUGGAUAUCCUGUUACAAGCGAUCAGAGUUUGCAAAAUUUUGUUUUCAAUGAAAAAGAGGUGUAUUAUGAGUAUAAGGUUCUUGACAGUUCGGACUUCAGCAUAUUUAAACUCACCCCUUCAGGCACUGGGCAGAAAAUUGAUUGGACAACUCAAACAUCCACCAGGCCAGUCCUCUCAACUCAGGAGCAAGAUCAAUGUGAGAAUUAUGCCUUUUGUGGUGACAAUUCUAUAUGCAAUUAUGAUGGUAACCAUCCAACUUGUGAAUGCCUGAGAAGUUAUGUUCCCAAGUCUCCUGAUCAGUGGAAUAUGUCAAUUUGGAUCAAUGGUUGUGUUCCAAGGAAUAAAUCUAGUUGCAAUAACAGUUAUACCGAUGGCUUCUUCAAGUACUCACACAUGAAAUGGCCGGACACAUCUUCAUCAUGGUUUAGUAAGACCAUGGACCUUGAUGAAUGUGAGAAGUCAUGUCUUGAAAACUGUUCUUGUACAGCAUAUGCCAACUUAGAUAUCCGUGAUGGAGGAAGUGGCUGUUUACUUUGGUUUAAUACUCUAGUUGACUUGAGAAAUUUUUCUCAAUCGGGGCAAGACCUUUAUAUCAGAGUCCCUGCUUCAGAAUUAGAUGAUGCUGGCCAUGGAAACAUCAAGAAAAAGAUAGUCGGAAUCACUGUUGGUGUAACUGUUUCUGGAUUAAUAAUCAUAUGUGCAGGCAUAUUUAUAUAUAAAAAUCCAGGGGCUGCAAGAAAAAUUUACAACAAGCAUUACAGAAGUAUAUUGAAGAAGGAAGACAUUGAUUUCCCGACUUUUGAUUUUUUAGUCUUAGCUAAUGCAACUGAAAACUUUUCAACUAAAAACAUGCUUGGAGAAGGUGGAUUUGGACCAGUAUACAAGGGCACAUUGAUAGAUGGGAAAGAGAUAGCUGUGAAAAGGCUUUCAAAGAAAUCUGAACAGGGGUUGGAUGAGUUAAAAAAUGAAGUGGCGUUGAUUGCAAAACUUCAGCACCGUAAUCUUGUAAAACUUCUUGGUUGUUGCAUUGAAGGAGAAGAAAAAAUGUUGAUAUAUGAAUACAUGUCCAACGGAAGUUUGGAUUACUUUGUUUUUGAUGAAACCAAAAGGAAGAUCCUAGAUUGGCAUAAGCGAUUCAACAUUAUUAAUGGUAUUGCUCGAGGACUUUUGUAUCUUCAUCAAGAUUCAAGGUUGAGGAUUAUUCACAGAGAUCUUAAAACUAGUAAUAUUUUACUAGAUGAAAAUUUGGAUCCCAAAAUUUCAGACUUUGGCUUGGCUCGAUCAUUUUUGGGAGAUCAAGUUGAAGCUAACACAAAUAGGGUGGCUGGAACCUAUGGUUACAUGCCUCCUGAAUAUGCAACACGUGGACAUUUUUCCGUGAAAUCAGAUGUCUUUAGUUAUGGUGUGAUAAUAUUAGAGAUUUUAAGUGGAAAGAAAAAUAGAGAAUUUUCAGACCCAGGACACUACAAUAAUCUUUUAGGACAUGCAUGGAGAUUAUGGACCGAAGAGAGGGCGUUGGAUCUACUAGAUGAUGUGUUGGGACAGCAGUGUGAGCCUUUAGAAGUCUUACGAUGCAUACAAGUAGGCCUAUUAUGUGUGCAACAAAGACCAGAAGAUAGGCCAGACAUGUCAACAGUGGUUUUAAUAUUGAAUGGUGAUAAAUAUUUAUUGUCCAAGCCAAAGGUUCCUGGCUUCUACACAGAAACAGAUGUUACAUCUGAAGUUAAUUCUUCACCAGAAAAUCACAAACUACGCUCGAUUAAUGAACUAUCCAUCACAAUGUUAGACGCAAGAUAGGAAACAGAGGCAAGAAAAUGUUAAGGCGACAGCUUUCAAUGUGGGAUAUAUCAAGUUAUUGAGCAUUCAUAUCAGGUGAAAGUGUUACUCAGAAUAUCUAUUGUGAUUGGUUUCCAUUUUUAGUCAGAUUUCUUUUCUCUUUAUUGUGUAUAAACUUGGAUUUCAUUGAAUAUAUCUAUGGUAUAUAUUCUCUUAUUUAGGAGGUUAAUAAGGUAUUAAAAUGAUUUUAGUUAA